AUGUCCUCGCCCUGCUUUUCCGUAGCCCACGGUGACGACUACUGGGCAGCAGCGCGCCACCGUAAGCUGGGUGCCCAGGUCCUCUCCACGGGGCCUUCUUCGGCGAUGGUGCCCCACCAGGUAUCAGUUGGUUCAAGCAGAAAGAGAGUACGUUUCUGCAUGUUCAACACAUAUGCAAGAUCAGCAUCUCCCCACCAUCAGCAGGUGUCCAUCGAUGGUUUGUGCACAAGUUCUAGGCUUGGCAACCGUGUAGUUUUGCAAAAUAUUGGAAUUUUUUUUGGUGACAAUGAAAUGAGUGUCCGUGUGAAGACAUUUCUGUAUUAUGCUAAACUAGCCGUUCAGUUAAUUAGUUUUCUGUUGCCUCUCCAAGAUUUCCUUUGUACUGCCAUUUGGGAAGAAAUCAUUAUUCGUCAAACUGUUCCAUCAAGCUAG